CGCAACAUCACUGUCUAGAUUGAACGUCUUCAGAUAUCUCUGCGGGAUCAGCUCACGUUUAGAUAAUUUUUGAAAGAGUAAGCUUUAACAAUGAAGAAUAUGCUUGCACGUUUUGAACGUAGAGUAUUUUCAUUUGCAUUAUCAGUUGUCUUCAUCGCUGUCGUCUUCAAUCUGCGCACAGUGUGUGGGGAUUUCAGAUACACGGUUCAAGAGGAAAGGAAAGAUCGGUAUGUGGUUGGAAACAUAGCUAAGGAUCUCGGAAUUAAUCCACAAAUUUUAUCCAGACGAAAGGCCCGGAUAGACUCAGAGGACAGUAGCAAACGCUAUGUUGAUAUUGAUUUAAAAACGGGUGAUUUGGUUAUAGCAAAGACAAUAGACAGGGAGAAGCUUUGUGGAUCAAGGCUGGAUUGUAUGCUGGAUUAUGAGCUGGUUCUAGAAAACCCUCUCGAGCUACAUCGUAUUGUUCUUAAAAUUGAGGAUAUUAAUGAUAAUGCGCCAAAAUUCCUGAACGAACGGAUUACAUUUGAGAUUCACGAGUUAGCAUCGAAAGGGCAGCGUUUUCGUUUGGACGAAGCUGACGACUCCGAUAUCGGCCAAAAUGGAAUUAAUAGCUAUUCCUUGGAGACGAACAAUCAUUUUAUUUUGUCUGUACAAGGCAGCAACGAGAAGGGAAAAUACGCAGAGCUUGUGUUGGAUAAAGAGCUGGAUCGUGAACAGCAGACGGACAUUGACUUGAUACUGACAGCAUUUGAUGGUGGGAAUCCUCAGAAAUCUGGGACUGCCGUUAUACACAUCACCGUGCUGGAUGCUAACGAUAACAGUCCAGUGUUUAGUCAGCCUGUAUAUAAAGUGGCUUUGGCUGAAAACUCACCAUUAGGGACUGAAGUUGUGAUAGUAAGUGCAACAGAUGCUGAUGAAGGAGCGAAUGGAGCAGUCUCCUAUGAAUUCAGUCGCAUUGCAAAUAAUGCAGCACAAUUAUUUACGAUUGAUAAGGUAACUGGAACAAUUAAGGUGAUCGGAGAGAUUGACUAUGAAGAGGAAAAAUAUUACGAAAUUAAAGUGCAGGCCAAGGAUGGAUCUGGCUUAGCAACCACUGCAAGUGUGGUAAUAGAUAUAAUUGAUGUAAAUGAUAAUGCUCCCAAAAUCGUUCUUAAGUCACUAAAAAAUCCCAUCCCCGAGAAUGCUGUUGUAGGCACUGAGGUGGCCAUUAUUAAUGUUCAAGAUACAGAUUCAGGAGAUAAUAGACAAAUACACUGCUCCAUUCAGCAAAAUGUUCCUUUUAAAUUGAAUCCAUCCAUUAAGAACUAUUUCUCUCUGAUAACUACAAGCUCACUAGACAGAGAAAUAGAAGACAGUUACAACAUAACUAUCACUGCUACUGAUGGAGGCUCUCCAACACUGUCCUCCUCAAUAACUAUUCAUUUAUCAGUGUCAGAUGUAAAUGAUAACCCACCUGCAUUUGAUGAGCGAAUUUAUAGCGCAUAUAUAGCUGAGAAUAACAAACCUGGCACGUCUAUUUGUUCUGUUACUGCGAGAGAUCCGGACUGGAGGCAGAACGGUACAGUGCUAUAUUCUCUGGUGUCCAGUGAGAUCAAUGGUGUUCCAGUGUCCUCAUUUUUAUCUGUGAAUGGAGACACAGGGGUAAUUCAUGCAGUGAGGUCAUUUGAUUAUGAACAGUUUAGAAGCUUCAAAGUUCAGGUUGUAGCCAGAGACAACGGUUCUCCUCCACUCAGCAGCAACACAACUGUGAGUGUGUUCAUAUCAGAUGAGAAUGAUAACUCUCCACAGAUAUUAUACCCUGCUCCAGAAGGAAAGUCUUUAAUGACUGAGAUGGUCCCUAAAACUGCUCUGUCAGGCUCUCUGGUCUCCAAGGUGAUCGCUGUGGAUGCUGACUCUGGACAGAAUGCAUGGUUGUCAUAUCACAUUAUAAAGUCUACUGAUCCAGGACUUUUCACCAUUGGUCUCCACACUGGAGAGAUUAGGGCACAGCGGGACAUCACUGAAUCUGACAACAUGAAGCAGAACCUUGUUAUUUCAGUGAAGGAUAAUGGACAACCUCCUCUCUCUACAACCUGUUCUGUAUUUUUACUAAUUUCUGAUAAUCUUGCUGAAGUUCCAGAACUUAAAGACAUGACUUAUGAAGAGAACAACUCCAAUCUAACAUCAUAUUUGAUCAUCGCACUUGUUUCUGUGUCCACCUUCUUUCUGACUUUCAUUAUUCUGAUCCUGGCUGUGAGGUUUUGUCACAGAAGAAAGCCCAGACUGUUGUUUGAUGGAGCAGUCGCCAUUCCCAGUGCAUAUCUCCCUCCCAACUAUGCAGAAGUUGAUGGAACUGGAACACUUCGUAGUUCUUAUAACUAUGAUGCGUAUCUAACAACAGGCUCACGCACCAGUGACUUCAAGUUUGUCAGAUCCUACAAUGAUAAUACACUUCCUGCCAGUGGCACUCUCAAAAUGUUCCAGGAUGAUCCCUUUGGUUCAAGCAUUAUCAACACCGAUUGCAUUGAGAUCUGGUUCCAAAGUCAGGACUGUGACAUUGAGAAUGAGAGAGAGCUUUUGUCCUUUAAAAAGCUUGUAAUGCAUUAUGAGCUCGAUUAG